AUGCCUCAAUUUCCAUCUUUCGGGCGAAAUGCAUUGUCUUCGCUCUUGAAGGGUCAAGACGAAGAAACAGCAAUAUCCCCAACGGCCAGUCGUGCUAACAGCAUUGCCAGCCAACCUAUCACAAGCACUACCAGCAACGCAAAGCCCCAAUUCAAGCAGAAAUAUGAUGAUAGAGGCUCUGUGGUAUCAACUCCGGCUUCGGAUGUUAAAACCCCCUUGGUCACUAGGAAAAGCUCCGUGAUGCAAUCGCCUCUCAAUUCCAGGGCUGGAAGCCAUCAGAGUUCGUCCAGUAACAGCUCAUAUGAGAGACAGAACUCUCAUAUUACCAAGGGUUCCAUUGGUGGAGUUCCCAAAGAUUAUCAUGGCUUUCAUGCAGCAAAAUCCAGCAAGAUAGUCCCACCUUUGAGUCACCCGAUCAAGCCAAAAAGAAGAAUCUUGAAUAGAUUGAUACAUGGAAGAAGGGAAAGUGAACCAGUUAAAUCUUCCCUGGCAGCCUCCCAACCAACCACAAGAAGAUCUGAUCCCAAUCCGACUUCAUCUACGGACCCAAGCCAGGGAAACAGCGUUUCUUCGACAUCACCAGUUGCGGCUACCGACGUCAUCCCAGAAUCUUCAGCCAGCCCCGUUCCAGACAUCCAGGAAUCCCAACAGGUUGUGGAUGAAGGGCUUUCAACCCCAAGAAGACCAACUGCUGGUGAUCUGAAUCAGGGCUUUCUUACGAGAAACGGUUCUACUUUCAUCGAUCUGCAGGCAGAUGAAGAUGAUCUUUCUGGAAUUGUGAACCGUAAUGUGUCUACAGCUUCAUCAUUGAAUGUCGCCGGGAAUGCUGAUACCAAAAAAGCAAACUGGGCCGCACCAGAAAGCUGGAAAGUCAAGGGUCAGGAUGUAGCCGUGGAAGAGCCUCACAACGAGGCUUCCGAGCCUGAUGCCGCAGAGCUUUCGGAUGCGUCCUCUGAAUCAUCCGCGUCGAGCAUUCCACCCUCAGAGGCGAACGUGACUCAAAAUGCUGUUCCUGAGCAAAACGAACCCGCUGACAACGGCUCAGUUGCAGAGAAGGCAAUACCAAUGAGCACAAAGUCUUCGUUUGCAAACGGCUCCGAGGCUCACCAUCAUCACCACCACCAUCAUGCUCUCAAGGAGGUAUCAGGUUCUGCUAGAUCAUCGCUGAGACUUUCAAAGGGUGACAAAAUCACUGUCAUCUCUUGUACAAUCGAUACGACUGUUAAAGAGGUCAUGGACAGCUUGAGAAGAAAGAGGUUCUUGAAGGCAGGUGAUGACUACAUGAUUCUGCUGAAAUCUGGUGGCCUUAUUAGAGUGUUAACCAUUGAUGAGAAGCCUCUGCGCAUUCAAAGACAUCUUCUAUUGAUGUAUGGAUACACAGAUAGAGACAACAUCGACUACAUCGAGCGCACAGACUUGAGUUUCCUUGUGAAAUUUGUCGUUCAAGAGAAAGAGGUAGAGACAAUCAGCCUGGAGAAGAGAAGACAAAUUGAUGCCCACCAUGUCAACCUCCAGAACUGGAAUCUUCAAGAUAUCCCCAACUUUUUGUUUGCUGAGCCCAUCAUUUCCUUGGAUGUUUCGGAGAACCCUUCUGUUGAACUAACCAAGGAGUUUUUACACGAUUGCAGACACCUAGAGGAAUUGCACUUCACAAGAAAUGGUAUCGGCAGGUUUCCAACGACAAUUAUUCAUGCCCCCAAGCUGAAGGACCUUCAUUUGGAGGUGAACAAUUUCCGAUACAUCCCUACAGAGAUUGCAAUGCUUCAGACGCUCACAUACUUGAACCUCGCUUGUAACAGGCUACAGACACUUCCUGGAAGUGUAAGCGAGCUUGUUAACCUAAAGGUGAUCAACAUUUCGUCUAAUAGGUUCAAGGUCUUUCCAGAGCCUGUGACAAUGAUCCCAGGGCUCACCGAGUUGGAUUUGUCGUACAACUCUUUAUCAAGUAUUCCGUCAUCAUUGGGAAUGAUGAGCAAUCUCAAGGUGCUGAAGCUUGGUGGUAAUAAUCUUGACAAAGAACUUUCGCCAUGCUUUUCGAAGCUCAAGAACUUGGUGUAUCUGGAUGUUCGUUUCAACUAUCUCAGAUCAAUCAGCUCAUCAGGAACUCUUCCAGGAUUGAAGACCCUGAGAGCAACCGGUAACAAUGUCUCAGAGUUCGAUGUCUCUGCCGAGAAGCUUGAAGUUAUUGAGCUGAAUAUCAACCCAGUGACCAGUUUGAACUGUUUGAAAGUCUUACCUGCGCUAAAGAUUCUAGAUUUGUCAAAGGCCAAGCUGACAACCCUAACGUUCUUAGACAAAGUCCCAAACCUCGAGAAACUGAUACUGGACAACAAUCAUUUGGCGAGUUUACCCGAUGAAAUGGCAAGAUUAUCGAGACUGCAAUAUCUGUCAGCGUUUAAGAACAACUUGUCCUCUUUUUUCUCAGGAUGCGGAGGUCUGAAGUAUCUGAGAUAUCUUGAUCUCCAUUUGAACAACAUCUCAUCCUUGGACAGCGAGAUAUGGGAUCUACCGUCCCUGACUACCCUCAACGUAUCGUCUAAUCUAUUGGAAGAUUUUCCAGAACCACGCGAGUCCAUUAACACUAGGUCGUCUGGUUUAGCCCGCAUACCAUCCAUUGCAAUUCAGCAGAAGGGCAAUGCUGGGGACCAUUCAAGACGCCGCGGAAGCGAGCCUGCAAGUUCACAAGAUUGGGAACCCAGUAAGAUUGGACUCAUAAGUUCUCUAAGAGACCUGAGCAUAGCGGAUAACAAGUUGAACGACAAUGUGGUGCCAAUCGUGUCUCUUUUCAAGAAUCUGAAAUCGUUGAAUUUGUCCUAUAAUGAUCUCUUUGACAUCCCAUCAGGCUAUCUUUGCAACCUCAAGAGUCUCGAAGGGCUGUUUCUCAGUGGUAACUACCUUUCGACGUUACCGGUCGAGGAUUUGGAUUCUUUCACCAGGCUGAAGACAUUGCAUCUGAACGGUAACAGAUUCCACACUUUACCAUCUGAACUUUCCAAAAUUGAGAAUAUGACUGCUCUCGAUGUGGGAUCCAAUAAUCUCAAGUACAACAUUGGAAAUCUCCCAUAUGACUGGAAUUGGCACUAUAAUCCCAAACUGAAGUUUCUCAACUUCUCUGGAAACAAGAGACUGGAAAUCAAGCACCAACACGCAAGAGGCGAGGACUCAACAGACAAUUUGGACUCUUUCCUGUCUUUGAAGGAUAUCAGAAUCUUGGGAUUGAUGGACGUCACUUUUACAACCGAUUCUCUUCCCGACCAGGGUGCCAAUACUCGUGUCCGUACAACAGCUUCUCAGAUUGGAAAGUUUGGCUAUGGUAUAUCGGACACUUUAGCUGAGGAUGAAAGUUUGUCAAUAAGAGAUGUGGUGGUUGAAAGGUUCAGAGGUAACGGUGACGAGACUCUCAUUACUAUCUAUGAUGGUAAGAAUCAUACAGACACAAAGUCAGGGCAUAAGAUCUCCAAAAUUAUUCAAGAAACGUUCGAUUUCCAUUUUGCCAAAGAGCUAGAGUCCGUUGGCACUAAGGAAGGCCAUGUUGUGAAGUCAGUCGAAGAUGCAUUGAGAAGCGCUUAUCUCACGAUGAACACUGAGAUCAACGUUUUGAUUAAUAAGGGAGAAUCGAGUACUUUCACAUCUGCUGCAGCUCAUAGGACUACCACUACGGAUGAACUGACUAUGGAGGAAGAUGCGCUUACCGGAUGCUGUGCUACUAUCCUGUAUAUCAAGGGCGAUACUCUGUAUACUGCAAACAUUGGUGAUACCAUGGGUAUAUUGGCCAAGUCAAACGGAGAAUACACCUGUUUGACUACUAAGCAUGAGCCUUAUGCCCCAGAAGAAUACGAGAGGAUUCGUAUGAGUGGUGGUUAUGUGACAACGGACGGUUUCCUUGACGGCGUAGUUGACGUUUCAAGAGCUGUGGGAUUUUACAAGUUGAUACCUCAUAUCAACGCUAGUCCUAGCAUUUGCGUCCACAAACUGAAACCUGGUGACGAGAUGGUUGCCAUUGCGACCAAUGAGCUGUGGAAGAAGAUUCCGUUUGAUUUGGCGGUCGAUAUAAUCAGACAAGAAAGGCAAAAUCCGGGUGUUGCUGCGGAGAAAUUGAGAGAUUUUGCCAUUUCGUAUGGCUCAACUGACAAACUGUCAGCUGUGGUUUUGUCUUUGAAGCAGUUCUCUGCAAAGACCAAGCCACACGAGAAGUCUUCUCAGGCGUUUGACUCAGGAUUGAGAAAACUCGAGGAAGAGAUCGAGCCUCCGACUGGAGAACUAGCGAUGGUUUUCACUGAUAUCAAGAACUCUACAUUACUUUGGGACACAUACCCAGUAGCAAUGCGUUCGGCUAUCAAAGUCCACAAUUCUAUUAUGCGUCGCCAAUUGAGAAUUGUUGGAGGUUACGAGGUGAAAACUGAAGGUGAUGCCUUUAUGGUAUCGUUCCCCACGGUUACCUCAGCACUGAUGUGGUGUUUCUCUGUUCAGUCAAAUCUCUUGACGACACCAGAGUGGCCUGCAGAAAUUUUGGCUAGUGAGCAUGGCUCCGAGAUCAAGGACAAACAUGGCAAUGUUGUGUUCAGAGGCCUGUCUGUGAGAAUGGGUAUUAACUGGGGUUCGCCUGUGAGUGAAAGAGACAUCGUAACCAAGAGAAUGGAUUACUUCGGUCCCAUGGUCAACAGAGCGUCCAGAGUGAGUGCGGUGGCUGACGGAGGACAGAUCAGUCUUAGUUCUGACUUCUUCGACGAGUUUCACAGAGUCAAGAAACUUCACGAAGAGGUGAAGGCUGGCAAAUCUAUUCAGGAGGCCUAUGGCAGUCUCAGCCAGGGUCAGAUACUUGAGGCCCAAAUGGAGCAAUUGGAGCAAAUCAAGUGGGUUGAGUUCCCCAUUGGUGAAAAGAAGCUCAAGGGUCUUGAAACUCCAGAAAAUAUCUGUCUUAUUUUCCCCAAACAACUCGAAUCUCGUUUCGAGAUGCAAGGCAUGCUUCCAAACUCUUCGGAGCGCAAAAAACACACCUCCACCAGAUUAUCGUCCUACGGAUUUAAUGACGCUACUGCGUUCAGAAUGAGAAAUUUGUCAAUUCGUUUGGAGAAGCUGUGCAGUGCUUUGUGCGCUGACAAUGAGGUGGAUGUGGAGCCCAAUACCACAAUGCAACUCUCCACUUUAGCCGCUAACGAUUUCUUGUCGGAGGCACAGGAAGCAGAGCUGUUGUACUUCAUGGAUCAUUUGGUGACUAGAAUUGAAAACUGCGUGGGAAAUCUCUCUUUGAGAAAGGAGAUUAGUCUAAUCAGAGGUGAUGAACCUGGUCUGUCUACCAUUAACGUUCCUGAGUUGCUCGAGGAGAUAACUACACUGUUGAGGGCUGCAGGCUCUUUGAAACUGACUAGCUCAACUCAGCCAUAA